AGCCUGCAGGCUCAGACGACAAACAAACUUGGCAGUCGGGCAGUGCUUGUACCGUCGUGGCGCAAGUCUGCAUGCGAUGAGAUGAGAUGAACGAAGGUCCAGGCGAUGUCGUCGUGCCAGCGCCAAACACGUUUGGGAUUCUUGUGAUUACGCUGAUCGCGGGUGUGGAGCUAAUCAUCCUGAUCAUCAUUGGCCUUAUCGUGUACUAUGUGCGCCAGUGGGUACUGCGCAUUCGAAAGGCACGCACGAGGCGGCUCCUAAAGGAACAGCAGGACGAGCAAAUCGAGGCGGGUGAAGCAGCCAUUCAGCUCCACAUCUUCGAUGCGCAGGCCGCAGACGACGUCAUCUGCAACAUUGCUCGAGCCCGCAGGCGAGCCAUCGACUAUGCGCGCCAACAACACGAUCACGCACACCACAGCCAGAGCCACCACAUCCCUGCUCUGUCCCUUGCGAGAAGAAGAGGCACGGCAGAUUCCAUCGCCAACUCACCAAGACCAAGGGCAACACGCGCCUCUGCUGCGGAGGGCAUUCAGCAACGAUUAUCCUCGUGGAACCCAGUACCCACGGAGAUCCAGCAUCUUCCCUCAUUCCACGCGUCACCGCCACCACGGAGCCCAGACAUUGAGCGGAUCCCCACCCCAAGCGGCGAGUAUAUUGAGUACUGCGUUGUGUGAGUGCGAAUUUGAAGCGAAUAGGCCAGGGACGAGGAAAUAUACCGAGACGGCAGGUUUUGAGCGGUGCCUUGCAGUGCCGGUGCAUCGUUGAUGUUGAGGCGCACUAUGAACGACUUUUGCGCUUGUGCUUGCGUGCACACUUGCACUUUUGCCCUUGUUUUGUAAAAAGGCUUUGGUUGUUGACCGUGUGCAUUCAAGCGUGUGCGUGAGUGAGUGCGUGUGUGUACACAUGUCUGCACGCCAUGUAAUACAUUACAUGAUCAUGAAU